AGAAUUGUGUCUCAACUCACGAUGUUUGUGUCUUCGAAAUUUUCGUUAUCUCUGAGAUCUCUUGCUUGUACUUCGUUCCCAGUGGCAUUUCUGUAAAUUAGGUUGACUGUAAGAAUCCAUGGCUGCCGUACUCGAAUCGGUUACAGUUCCUCGUUCAUCUAGCUUUACAGGCUCUCUGCCUUCAUCGACGAAGGUAUCGUCGGUUCGUGCUCUCUGUAGCGGCCAGAGAAUUGGUUCUUUGCCGGAAUUUAGGGGCUUAAAGCUUCACUCCCGUCGUCUGAGUCGUUCAUCUGCAUCAGUAAGCUUAAAGAACGCGGGGAUUUCUACCAGAGCAAGACGGAUUGUCUCCGAGGCUCAGGAGACAGCUCUCGAUGUGCCAGCUGUGACUGAGGAAACAUGGAAGUCGCUUGUCCUUGACUGUGAUCUGCCUGUGCUGGUUGAGUUCUGGGCCCCAUGGUGUGGACCCUGCCGCAUGAUCCACCCCAUUAUCGGUGAACUAUCAAAGCAAUAUGCUGGAAAGAUGAAAUGCUAUAAAUUGAACACUGAUGAGUGCCAUCCAGUGGCUACUCAAUAUGGUAUUCGAAGCAUUCCAACCAUCAUUAUCUUCAAGGAUGGUGAGAAGAAAGACACAGUUAUUGGUGCUGUGCCUAAAAGCACGCUGACUGCCAGCAUUGAGAAAUUCUUGUAGAGAAAGUAAGCUCACAAUUAAUGGCCUGUUUCUAGUACUAUCUGACAAUCUCUUAAAGCUUUUGAUGUGGCAUGUUUGGAUGUAUGUACUGCCUGGUAAAUCUUUAGCAUGAUGUGUAUAGUUGGAGACUGCAGUAUCUCUUGUUCUUAUCAUAUAAAACAUGUCUCCUACAUACUUGGACACAUUUUAGCAUCUCUUUCUGGAAUUUUGAUGUGGGU